CUCAACAACAACACGCUCUCCAACAGCUGUUGGCGACUCUUAAGUCACCCGCUUCUCCACAACAACAGCAACAAGUGCUUAGUAUUCUGAAGUCCAAUCCCGCUCUGAUGGCAGCCUUUAUUAAACAGAGAACAGCUCAACAACAGCAACAGCAGCAGCAACAACAACAACAACAACAACAACAACAACAGGUCCAACAGCAACAACAGGUUCAGCAGCAGCAACAACAGCAACAAAUUCAGACUCAACCCCAGCAUAUCCAACAACAGCAAACGCUAGUAGGACAGCAACAGCAACAACAAGUGCAACAACAACAGCAACAGCAACAGCAGCAGUGGUUCCAACAACAGAGACAACAAAUGGUUCAGCAAAGACAGGCACUACAGCCCCAACAAAGGCUAAUGGCUAAUCAGCCGCAACAGCAAAUGUAUUCGACUGUAACGCCCAGGUAUUGGUCGCAAAACCCUAAUCAAGGGAACCCUCAAAGGGGAGCACCGAUGAUGAGGUCUCCGCCACAACAA